AUACAGGUGCGCUCACCUGGCGCGCAGGUACGCUUUUAGCCGCUCGCUCCCGCCGGAUUCCUCGGGCUUCCACUCGCGCGUCUCCAUCUCUCUCUCCCCCCUGCGCCAUGGCCAACUCGGGCUUGCAGCUGCUGGGCUUCGCGUUGUCGCUGCUGGGCUGGAUCGCCGCGCUGGCGGCCACCUGUAUGCCCCAGUGGCAAAUGUCCUCCUUCUCCGGGGCGAACAUCAUCACCGCGCAAGCCUUCUACAGGGGCCUCUGGAUGGAGUGCGUGUAUCAGAGCACGGGCCAGAUGCAAUGCAAGAACUACGACUCCAUCCUCAGCCUCGACUCGUCUCGCCAGGCCACGCGGGCACUGAUGGUGGUCUCCCUGGUCCUGGGGGCGAUUGGCAUGGGCGUCGCCACCAUGGGCAUGAAAUGUACCAAUUGCGGGAGCGAGGACAAGGUGACGAAGGCUCGGAUUGCCAUGACAGGAGGCAUAAUCUUCAUGGUUGCAGGGCUGUGCGCACUCGUUGCUUGCUCGUGGAUCGGGCACCAGACUGUGACGGAUUUCUACAACACCAUGGUGCCGACAAAUGCAAAGUACGAAUUCGGAUAUGCCAUUUUCAUCGGCUGGGCGGGCGCUGCCCUUCUGCUCUUAGGGGGCGGGCUCCUCUCCUGCUCCUGCCCCGGGAAGACCGCCUACAGGGGGCGGCAGUACCCCCAGGGGAAGCCCAUCUCCAAACCUCCCAGCUCCAAAGAAUAUGUCUAGUGCUUUUGAUUGACAGUUCCUUCGCCCUUUCCCCCACGCCUAGAAUACCCCUGGACCAGAGGCGUGGAAAGACCACCCUGAACUUUUUGGGAUGACCUCCGCGACUCCUUCUCCCACCCGAGAGAGGCGUUUUUAAAUGUUUCCUCAUUUCACACCAGCUUUAUUUUUCUUUUUUUACUAAAUAAUGCUAUUUGCUAGCUUGCGAUUUCCCGGUGUAAUUCUUUUGCUAAUGGAUAGGAAUGAUCGUAAGUGAUUAAUGUAUGAUGAUGUAAACACAACAUUUCCACGCCGACUUAUCGGAACGAGGGGGACACACACAGAUAAUUUGUUAAUUGAACUCUCUUCUCCACCUACCACCCCUGCAGACUCCCAAAUAAAUAUAAUUUUUUAAAAAAGAUUACUCAGGGACAUAUAUAUAGUUGCGACAGAACUAAAACACAGGACCCAGUUUCCUUACGUUUGUUGGAAAGCAGCUCCUGAACUGGGAAGACUGGAGAAUUCAGCACUUAACUGUGCGUCUGUAUUGGGUCGUUGAACACCAGCAAAUUGAGCUUUAAAACAACAGCUCGUUUCUCUUUGGGGUGUUUACAUCUAUCUGUCGUACAAUCAUAUAUAUAUAUUUUUCGGGUGGGGGGAGGAAUGAAUGGAGCCCUACUGGAAAACCCCCAGUGAUAUCUGUAACUGUGUGUAAGUAUAUAGAACAUUCACUUUGGGGCGAGUAUAAAUGGUUUAUACUGUAUUAGGAAGGCUGUUCUGCAUGGUGGAAAGUGUUGAGGGUGACAGGAUUAGACCCUAAUUGCUUCGUGUGGCGUUAGAGGCAAGUGUGAAGGUUUGCUUUGCUGCAGAAAUCAUUGGUGGUUCUUCGUGUACACAAAUACCCCUGAUUUUAUACACACACAAAUACACACACACAUAAAUACACCACCACCCCAUAAAUUUGCUAGGGUUCUGGUGAAAACAUUUGACCACAACCUACAAAGAUACAAUACUCUCGUUCAAGCCAGAGGCCUUCGGAAAAACAACCUGUUUGCCUAUUUCCUAUUACCGAUAUUAAUGGCCAUUCUAAUUUGGGGCCUGUUAAUUUCAACCCUUCACUUUACCCCACCGCUAAAAACUUCCCAGUAAACGCCCCCUAAAUUGUGUGUUGGGAACUUUUCUAUACUUGGAGAUAUCUGCUUGCUUUAAUAGAUUUUAAAUACUUGCUUUUAAUUGCAUGGGAAAAGGGGGAGGGAAAAUAUUGCCGGUCUUCAAGAAAGGAGGUAUUCCUAGAUUUUUAAAUGUGGCCUUAUUUAAAGCACUAAGACUCCUUAAGGUUGUGUGCGUGCGCAUAUUUUUUAUUAUUAAUUGUCUUUGUGUUGCUGGGAAUUGAUAUUUUUUUGUACAUAAUAAACAAGAAUGUUUUGGACAAAAGCG